AUGUUGCUCUUGACUCUAGUGCAGUCACUCGGUCGUAGUCGCCAAUCUCAGCUACCGAACCUCCUCGAGAGGAAGAAGCGCACCAGGCGGACAAAGAGAAUUGUCGAGUCUCCCGAAUCCUUCUCCUUCCGCCCAGUCGACGAUGCUGACCGCGCAGGAUCCACUGCACACCUCAACCACGUUAUGCGGCAAGAGCCAGAGACCAUUCGAUGGACCAUUCAGAUCCUGUGGGACCGCGAUAAGAACAAAGAAGUCUGCCCCGCACGCUUGUCUGCAGUCCCCGAAGAGCAAAAUUCUCCACGCACGAGGCGCUGA